AUGUUUCCCAGAUUUCCUCCGUUACAUCAUACGGUAUUCAUCGCGGCCUGCUUGGUUGGUAUGUCUGUGCUUGUGAUCCUGUGGCAUUUUGAACUCACAGGUAAUGAGUUAUUAGGAAAAUCACCACAUUGGUUACUAAGGUGAAUUUCUUACACGAGUCCAAGUGUUUGCCUGGUUUAUGAUUGAUAAGCUAUUGAAUCUCAAGGGUUUCGCUGUCUGAGGUAGAUUAAAGUUCAGAUAGGGCAACUGAGAAUAUCCAGAAUAACCACUUUAAAAUUUAAGAGUGUGAUUUUACUCUGUAAUGGAUAAAAGUAGGUGAAAUUCAAAUUUUUGCAGUGUAGUCUCCUUAUUACGAAGGUCCUUAGCUUUGAUGUAGCGUCCGUCCCUUCAUUCUACAAUAAACCGGCAUGGAAAGAAUAAAAGACUCACACUAAUGUCUGCAUAAAACUGUACUCAUUUUAUACAAUUGUCCAUACGUAUCUGCGACAAAACCAUCAGAAAUAUGCGAUUGACACCUGAAAACCUCGAAUUAUUUAAAAUUUGCUCCCAGUCUGAUGUGCUGGUUCAUAUAACUAAGAAUUUGAAUUAUGACAUAAAAAUUAGGACAUAAAAAUUGCACCAUAAGGCAUGGCAAGUCACCUAAUGCGAUGUUUUGGAUCAGAGAUUCUCUUUUGAAAUUUUCUUUCAGGUAAAACUGGCAGUGACAGAAGUGACACAUAUCUACGCUCCAUCCAGAAAAGGGCCUUAGAACACACAUCUCAGGAGCAAAACAAUGUCAACAACGAUGGAUCAAUGAAGUUGACAGGUAAACCAAAUAAGACAAUAAGUACUAAUUGACAUAGAAAAUCCAUUAGUUUACAAACAGAAACUCAUCGAUUGGCGCUGCUGAGCAUAUCGAGGGCUUCUUACGAAGUCUGUUAGUGUCAACCCGGCCUGCCUUUCCCUCCGGAGGCCGGUAGGAGCGGUCAUUUCUCGUCCCAGACCCCUGGUUGCGGGAGAAGCCCACGAGAUUCUUGUGAGGCAGUGCUCGCGGGCUCGCGGGCUUAAGACACAAUUACACUUGGGAGUUUUGUUGAGGGUCAUAUACCUUCCCUCAAUAAAGGCUGAUAAAGGAAAAGUUACUGAUGUGAAAUUCCCUUCACCCUUUACUAUGUUUUAUUUCAACUAUUUUACUCAAACAGAUUCCUUCGAAAUUUGUUCUUGACCGUUGCAUUGUUCAAAUGAAUUGCCUUGUCAUUUCUUUUGCAAGUGGACUUCAUAGAGUCAUUAAGGUUAUAUUGAAACUGUAAGAUAGCACUAAGGUAGACGGAUAAUCUUUUAGUUAACCCAGAGGUUUUUUUUUAUCUCACCUUGUAAACUGGUUCACAGUUCUAUUUAUCCAGUUCCAGGCGUUUACUUUCUUUUUCCGCUCUGUCUGACAACUGAGCGGCUAGAACAGGUUAGGUUUUUGGGUGACUUCUCAAUGUUUGAAAUGAUUCUGUCUUUACAUCUCUUACAGAGGAAGUAACAAGCAAAAACGAAAUGUAUGAUCGAGUGAACACGCUGUUGCUAUUUGUUGGUUACUCUCGCAGUAGACACAGCUUAGUUUCUUCAUUACUUGACGCUCACCCUCACAUGAUAGUUGCAGAUGAAUCAUAUGCACUGAGAAAAUGGGUUCAGCAACCAGCAUGGAAAACGGAAAAAUCAAGAUAUGAAUUCUUCGAUACAAUGUUGGGAAACUCAGCGCGGUCUGUAAAAAGAGGUCGAAGGUCUCGCGUAGCAAACGGAAGCGCAGCAAAUUUUCAAAUCUUCGGCUACCGUAUUCCAGAUCAGUGGCAGGGAACAUAUGAUCGAUACAUACAGGUGAAAUAUAAAACUUAAAAUAUCAAUUUCACGGGCUGUAAAUCGAUGUAAAUGUUGUACAGCUCAAUCAAAUUAUAUUCCAACAAAUCUUCUCGAAUCAUAACCAUUUUGGUCAUGUUCCAGGCAUAAACCUUGGGGCUUUAGCGAUCAUAUCUGAAAAGAUAUUGAAGGCUGAAAUAAUUUGUCAUUCAAAAUGCCUCAUUUGCAAAGAACGUUUGAAUCAUUUUUCAUAAAUCCUGUAAGCAUUUUCUUUAACUAGGAAAUCACAAUUAAGAAUGUGCAAGGUUCAGUCUAACCGUCGCCUCAAACUAAUGACCAGUCCGUUAUCUUACUUUGUUUUGUAAAUGAACUGCAGGUGAUUGGAGACAAGACAGCUUGGGACACUGCAGUAAUGCUUCGUCUGCUUGGAACACGAGCCAUUUAUGAAAUGAAAGAGAAACUUGGAGUGAACAUCAAGUUCAUUCAUGUUGUCAGAAACCCAUUUGAUAACAUAGCCACAUUUGUUCUUCGACACAAGGACAUCCAGGCCAGGACCGCUGACCCAAAUGUCAAGGUACGCAUAUGCAAAUCACGUGUCGAGGGUCAACAAUGAAUUGAAGGCGUCGCCAAUCGCUUUGUUUCGGCCCAUUUAUUAUUAUAGAAAACAAUCUGAUUUUUUACGUGUUUGCGAAUUACUGGCAUUUUUUAAGCAUCAUCUUAAUUAACUGCAGCUCAAUUAAAUAGGAGACAUUUCAAAGAGAUGAAACAAUUAAGUAAACACUAAUACAAAAUCUACCAUUUACAUCUACUAAGAGGUGCAUCUCAAUUCCAAACAGAUCAAUGCCAGUGAAAUUUUAGACGAAAAGAUACAACUUUACAACAACUGGGCAGAAGGAACCUUUGUGGCCCACAAAUCCUCUCCGGAGGACUUCCUCAGUGUUGUUAGUAUGGAUGUCGUAAAAAGGCCAGCGGAAUCGCUCAGGAAAAUGUGCCAUUUCCUUCAAGUAACUUGUUCAGAAAGCUACAUUCAGGACUGCGCAGCGAUAGUGGACCCAGUCCCCUCAAUUACCCGACACCGCAUUAUGUGGACGGAGAAGCAGAUAAACAGAGUUUACGCCACAAUGAGGGCGUUCCCGGUAUUGUUUGAGGGAUUUACGUUCGAAGACGUAUGA